UCGUGGGUUUUUGUUCUAACUGUGGGAUAGACGUCCUUGUUUUGUCUGUUCCGGGUAUUAUAAGUGUGAUUAGCAUUAAGAACAAGAAUUUUUCCUUUUUGGAUGUCUUUUAAUAUACUAAAGCAGUAUAACUGCCGUAUAUCGAGAAUUUCAUUCUUCUCAAACAGUAGGUCCGAUGGAUUUUUCAGGUGAUUUUCAGAGACCCCGCCCCAACCCAGGAUGCCAUAGGAGAGAUUCCACUUGAGCUGGCAGUCAAUAGUAAUACCAAGAUAUUUAAACGAUGUUACUUGCGGAAUUUAUGUCAUUUCAACUGUUAGGUUUCCGAUGUUUGGGAGCUGAUUUUUGUAGGAUGAGAAAGCCUGGAAUGUAUAAAGAAAUGUUGAUCAACCUUACGAUGAUUAAGUUCCUUGAAGAAAAGAAGAAGAAAAUUACUUCAGAAAUCAAAUUUAAGAACAAUGGAAGAAUGAAGAUUUUUUUCCAGAAUUCAAAUUGAUUUUCAUUUCAAAAAGAAAUUCGAAAACCUAAACCAACUCAACUCAACACAAAAUAGCAUAAACCCUGGACCCGUUAAAACAGAGUUUAUGCAGGUUUGCAUGGAUAAAACAACUGCUAAUCAGGUUUACGGCAUUUAGAAGAGCAAAGUUAAACAGUGCCAUCAAUCUUUUAUCACGCAAAAUCCAAAAUUGGGCAUUAAGCAAUAGUUAUUGGAAACGGUUAAUAAUCUAGGUAUUUUUUCACCACCUCAAUUAAACUGUUAUUCAAGGGAUCCAUUAAAUUCAUUGCCCAAACCAUUAGAGUUUCAUAAACAACAAUUUGUUGUUGCUAUCUCAACGUUUUGCCAAUCAGAACUACAGUCGAGGACCAUUUUCCAUGAAAUGCUGUGAGGAAUGAAUGUUUUCGCAACCUCUGAGUUGUGCAGUUUGUUAUGAUGGAUAUUUUCAAAGGGUAUGUUCUCCAUUAAAUAUAAGUCUGUCGACUGUAAACAAUUUAUAAAGUAAUUUCCUUGCGAGAAAACCUAAAGACAACUGAACAGGAGUCACAACAUUUACAAAGCUGCUUAAAAUUGCCAAUAGAGGCAUAUAUAAAAGUAGGGACAGAAACGAUAACAUAAAAGUAAAGACCCAAUAAAAACAUAAUAAUAUUCGCCUUCUAAUGGUUUAGUAAAAAAAUAAGAUUAUUGUGUUAGUUUUUGAUGAACUAUGUAUAUAUUAAUGCACAAAAAAUUCUUAAAUAUUCAAUUAACUAACGUGCAUUCUUAUCUGCUGCAUAAAAAGGAACACCUUUGUGUGAGGAUUGGGAGGGUAUUGGUUUAAGUGGUCCUGAUUCUGCGAUGUUGUAUUGUAAAAAAAAAAUCUCUUCUAAAAAAGGUUUUCGUUGGCUAUGGCCAGAUGGAUCAAAAUUCUGCUGAAAUAAUGCCUGAAUGUCCAAAUUAAUUGGAUGUUUCCAAGUCCAAUUUAAUCACGACCUAGCUUUUGAUUUUGUUCUUAUUAAACAUAUAUAUCCGUUUAAGGAAUGAGAAGAACAUAAAUUAGUUUGAGUUAAACUCUUGUUUCAUUGCCAUAAUUUCAUCGCCCGCUGUUUUAACCUUAAUGCAUUCAUUAUUUUAAUUUUUUUUUAAACUAUAAGUAAACGGGCUUAUAAACACAUUCAGCAAUAUUUUUGUAAUACGUGUGAUUCAUAAUAUGGCAUUCAUAAUGCAAAUAAUCUUAGCCUUUAAGACCCAAAAGAAUCGAUGAAAUCUUCGACAGUUUGCAACGACGCUGUAUAUAAAAAAAGAUACUCAUAUUUUUUGUUAAAUGAAAAAAUGCACGAAUUCGUUCGUCGAUUAUUUUCACGUUAGUAGCUCCCAGUAAACAGUUAUUGAGUUAUUAACGAUGUCAAAAGCGCAAGUGGUGAAAAAUGAAGAAAAUAGGGCCGAUGAGAAGAAUAUUUACAAUUCGCGCGCUAAGUAUACCAGGAAAGAUCGCAGGCCCGCUUUAGCGCCUUUACAAGAUGUCGCAAUCAGCUGCAAUGAUUAUUUAAGUGUCAAUUCCAAGGUUCAAGUUGUAAAGAGAAGUAAAUCAAUAUCUGAACCUUCUACCAGAAACGGGCCCCCUAAGACCAGGCAAAUACCAUUUAUCAAAGAACCGUUAAACCCGCUACGCUACGAGCCGGCAAGACCAAAAUCUUCCAAUUUGCAAACAGUUCAGUCGUGCCAUUGCAAAAAAGCCAAAUCUUUAGGAUUUGAUGUUUCCGCUGCAUCUUCUUCAAAAAGAGCGAACCCCAAAAGUAUAACAAAUUCCUUGCAGUCGGGGAAGUACACGGAACUUUAUCAACUAGGCGCAACUCCAGAAGAUCGCAACGUAAGGAGAAGAAGCGUAUCGACUUGCGAUAAAUCGACCCUGCUGGUUACUCAGCAGGUUUCUUUAAAGCGCAGUCCUUCUCAUUCGCAAGAGUGGAUCAAAUCAACCGUACAUUUAAAAUACCCAAAAACAACAAAGGCUUCGAUAACACAAAGUGUAUCCAGAGAAGAUCGCAGUAUUCCGGAUAUACGGAUCCACAAUUCGACUCUAAUUAAUUGCGUAGAGAGCCAAAAUGUAAAUGAAGAUCUAGAGAGCAGAUCGAGCAACUUGAGUCCGGACCUUGAAAUGUUGGAACAAUGCAGAAAUAUUCAGUAUACGCGUGAAUUUUCCGAACUACCAAAUGAAGAUACAUCGUUUCAAAGCGCGAGCCGCUAUUUUGAUAAUAAUUUUCAUGCAAUCCAACCGAAAUUUGUUAAAUCUCCAAUUACUCUGAAUAUCCCAUUAAGAAGAAGCUCCAAUAUUUCCGAGAAGUUUGAAACCUGCAACAUUAAAAAACUCAUAGCGAGACGGAAAUUAAAAAGUAGAAGGGAAAUAAGAGAUUCGUUUCUUCACCCGAUUAUUUACAAUGCAGAGUAUAUUGAGGAUAUUGUGCAAUAUUUCUAUACCAUAAAUUCAAAAUUCAUAUUAAGUGUCGAACUCGUAGAGCAACGUGUACAUAAGAGUGUUCGUUCGUCAAUUGUGAACUGGCUAAUGCAAAUAAAUGAAAUAUUCACGUCUUCCAAUUCGGAUGUAGUAUUUUUUACGGCAGUGAGACUAUUCGACUGGAUAGUAAUCGCCCUAAAAUUGCGGAACACAGGUUACCAACUAGCUGCGAUAGCGUCAUACUGGAUAAGCACUAAAUAUUUGGAUAAUUUAACUAUGAAAAUCCCCAAAUUAUUCGCCCUUUGUGAUGGGAAAUAUUCGAAAUCGGAAAUAUUAUCUAUGGAGAUUAACAUUUUACAAAAGAUCAAGUUCUGCUUGGAUAUGACUAACCCGCUUGACUUCUUAUAUUAUUAUUUAAACACUUUCAGUUUUGAAGAUAUCGAGCUUUUAGAGUAUGCCGCCCGGUUUAUAAUCGAUUGUUGCUGUCUUUUUGAAACUUUUAUGAUUAAAGACUCGUCUUUCGUCGCGGCUGCAUCUCUCGUCUUGGCUUAUAAAACAAUCUGUAGGAGCCAACAAUUGCUUUUGACAUUUAAGCGGCAUAAAAUUGCAGAGCUCGAAGCCUACGCGAACAAAGUACUGGUAACGAAUAUAAGAUAUUCAAUACUCGCCAACUACGAACCGAUUUCUAAAUACUCAAACCCUGAAAAGAGGAACGUGUACCAAUACUUCUCCUGCCUGUUGUAACGUGUUAAAUUUAUUUCCGCUGAAUUGUCAGUGAAGUGAAUUUUCCGGCGAGACUUUUGUAAAACGUUAUUUUUUUUAAUUUAUUUAUAAUUCCAUCACUUUUUACUGUUUGUUGACUAUUUUACUAUAAAAUUUUAUUGUAUAAGUGUCUUUUAUCUUUUACGUAGUGAAUAA